UCGGGCCUGCUGCGCACGAGGCUGCGCACCAGGCGGGCCCCGGGCGCGUGGUAGGUGCCGUUGAGGGUUCCCGCCACCGCUGCUGGCGGGUUUGCCUGGCAAAAUUUCUCGCUGGCUCGCCUUCUUUUCCCUCCCGCACUUUGGUGGGGAGGGGGGGGACCCUCGCGUCGGCGCCUCGCUUCACGAUGACCCGAGAGAAGCCGAGGACGUGGUCGGUGCGGCCAUGCCCCCCAUCGCCUCGACCUGCUGGCCGCCCCGGGGAAGGAGCACCGAGGCGGUGACUGCGACGGUUAGCCCCCACCUCUUCCCUUCGCAAACAACAAAUCAGACGCAAACAGAUUCUUUAUCUCCAUCCCCUAAUCCUGUGUCACCUGUGCCUUUGAAUAACCCAACAAGUGCCCCAAGAUACGGAACUGUGAUCCCUAACCGCAUCUUCGUAGGAGGAAUUGACUUUAAGACAAAUGAAAAUGAUUUAAGAAAAUUUUUUUCCCAGUAUGGGUCUGUAAAAGAAGUGAAGAUUGUUAAUGACAGAGCUGGAGUAUCCAAAGGGUAUGGUUUCAUCACUUUUGAAACUCAAGAAGAUGCACAAAAAAUCUUACAAGAGGCUGAAAAACUUAAUUAUAAGGAUAAGAAACUGAACAUUGGUCCAGCAAUAAGAAAACAACAAGUAGGGAUUCCUCGUUCCAGUAUAAUGCCUGCUGCUGGAACAAUGUAUCUAACCACUUCAACUGGAUAUCCUUACACUUACCAUAAUGGCGUUGCUUAUUUUCAUACUCCAGAAGUAACUUCUGUCCCACCGUCUUGGCCUUCGCGAUCCAUAUCUAGUUCUCCUGUGAUGGUAGCUCAGCCGGUUUAUCAGCAGCCUGCAUAUCACUACCAGGCCCCAGCUCAGUGUUUACCAGGGCAGUGGCAGUGGGGCGUUCCCCAGUCCCCUGCCUCUUCUGCUCCAUUCCUAUAUCUGCAGCCCUCUGAUGUUAUUUAUCAACCAGUGGAAAUUGCACAAGAUGGUGGCUGUGUUCCUCCUCCACUGUCUCUGAUGGAAGCCUCCGUCCCAGAGCCGUAUUCCGACCAUGGAGUCCAAGCAGCAUCGUACCACCAGGUCUACGCCUCCAGCGCCAUUGCUGUGCCUGCGCCCGUGAUGCAGCCUGAGCCCAUUAAAGAGCCAAGGUUACAUUCUGUGAGAAGAAGCUUUUCUCAUCCUUCACCUGUGGCUUUGAACCCUCGAUACCCUCGAAGCCCACACUUCCAUCCUAGAAAAGAGUUCAGAGCAGAGGAUUCAGUUUCCACUCCACCUUCCUGUACUGACUUUGUUAAGUAGACUCUGGGAUAACUGUUUGGUCCAGAAAUAGAAAUAACUAGGCCUACAUGUGGUCUAGUAACAAAUGAGGUUUGGGGAUAUGCUUAAGGUUAAUGUUUUUGCUCUUUUUUUUUUAAAGAAUUUUUAAAAUCUUAGUAGCCAGAACAUGGGAGAUGCAGAAUUCAAUCAUGGUUUCCUUUAUUAACUCAGACACAUAAGUGAGACCGAGUUACAAGUCCUAGCAGGCGGGACCACAGCAGUCUUAGCAGCACGAUCAGAUCAUCAUACAUAACCCUGGGUUUUCAGUCUCAUUCCAGAAGUUUCAUAUUUGUAAACAAAUCCAUGGCAUAGAUAAAAAUACUUAGCAACAGACCAUUUUUGUAAUGUUGUAUAAGUUUUAAAAACCCCAUCUUGUUAGGAGAUGAUGCAUAAAUUCUAGUUUUCACAUUAUUUUGGUUUUACUAUAUUUGUGUUUGUAUUUUAGCUGUAUUAAGUGGCUAUGAUAAAAAAACAUUUCAAGCUCUACUUACAUUACAAAUUUUAUACAUGUUGAUAUAAAAAUAAUUUGUGUAUUAUAAAAUAUAACAUAUCCAUUAAUCUGUCAUAUUAUAAUAUGACAUAAUAUUAUAUUAACCACUUAUUGUAUAGUGGUUACUAUGACCAAAGUGACACUAUCCUUCAAUGUUCUUAAAGAUUAUCUAUUCCUCGCCCUCUUCUGUCAUUCCUACAAGAAGUACAAUUGUUCAUAGGGCAUAGCACCUUAGGGAAUAUAAGUAUUCAUAAUUACAUCAUGUCAGACUUGAUACUGUCAGGAUUUUUAUCUUUCAUUCACUCGGUUCUUUGUGAGGUUUAUAGGCUGUUAAAACCAUAGAAUUUACCCAUAACACAAUUUUAUUUUCAAAUACAAAGAAACUAUGAUUGCCUGCUGUUAUGGAAUGAGAGAAGUUUCUAAAAUUAAAAAAUAUACCACAAUAUUUAAAAUUUUUAAAUUAAAAAUUACUAUCUUUUAAGUCAGUGCUUUCUGUUUACCAAAUGUAACUUCUGUUUUAAAAAAAAAUUAUUCCUUUGAUAGAAACUUGGAUUAGCAAAACAGUAAGGUUAUAUAAAUCAACAAUAUUUCAGUUGACUACAUGGAAAUUUACUUUAGAAUUUAAUGAAAGUUGAUAGCACAAUACUUCUAAGAAAUGCUAGAAUUUCAGUAUUUUAAAUUUACACCUACUCCAAGAUUUAAUACUGUCUUGUACUUCUGCUGGGAAAGAGUAAGAAUUAUAAAAAGAAAAGUUCUUAUAAUAUCUGAAAGGCAAUACCCAAUAAUAACUUGAGUAACUUUUUUAUUCUGUCUCAUAAAGGAUGGUGAAUAUACUCAUGGAUGUACAUAUAUAUUUGGGGUAUGUAAUCUUAAUAUUUCUGGGCUGAAAUACAUGUCUAUGAAUAAGAUGUAAUAGUAUUGUUUAGUAGAUAGAAUCUUCAUACAUCCUAAGGCUUUUCCAUCUUUUAUUAAGACUAUUCCUUUUGCUAGUGUUACUUUGAAAGUAACAUGCUAUAUGUAUUGUUACCAGAGCCCUAGCCAAAAUAUCAUGAACAAUAUCAUGAAACAAUAUAUUUGAUACUCCAUUUACCUGUUUUCAGUAUAUAUUUUAAUCCCAUAUUUAUUAUUCAGGCUUAUUCAGUGAAUAACAGGCAUUUUUCUAAAAACUUUUAUAAAUUCCAAGAGUUAAAGAGUAAUUGUAUUUUGCAUUAAAAAAAACUGAAAGCGAAAUGUUUUUGUUAACCAGUUUCGUUCAGGCAAUUAUGCUCUCUCCUAAAAUACACUCUACUUCCACAUUAUCUUUACUCAAUUCUGUAAAGAUUAUAUAUUAUAUUUCUCUCUGUAGACUGUGAAGUAUAAAAUGGAGAUUACUUGAAAAUACCAAAAGGUAUUACUCUGUUUAAGCUGUUAUACCUUGCUCUUAUUUUACAAAUGUAACAAAAGUAACUUUAACAACUGUAAACCAUCAGUGUUUAAGCUUUCCACUUUCCAGGUCUUUUUCUUAGCCAUCCUACAUCAGCCUCGCCCUGGUUUCAGAUUGUUCUGAAACCACAGCCAGCAGUGUCUGAAGGAAACAUCUAGUCAGCGUAAAAGGGGUUGCCGAAGGACUUCCUCUUCCUUUGCUCUCUGUUAUUCUAGCAGAAUAACAGUUGAGGUUAGAUUAAUACAGUGUAUUCCUUGCUAAUCAUAUUAGGAUCUUUGUUUUCAGCACCAGAAGAAACAAAGCUACACUCUAUACUCCCGUAAUAUUUCUAACAACAUGUAAAAGUACACAGCCAGAUUUUUUAAAGAUAUGCAAAAAUUUCUGUCUUUUGUAAAAAGCCAAAUGCUGAUGAGUAAAGUUAGUAGUAGUAUUUCUGCUCAGACUGUGAAGACUGCUGUUAGUUAAAAUAACGUUUACUAUCCUGAUGUUAGAAAGAAAAAUGAAUAAACUCAGCAAAAAUCCCAUGUACACAGGUGUUUAAGCCCAUGUCCUGACUACAUAUAUAAUCUUUACAGAAUCUGUUUUAAACAGUUGAGCUAAGACACACAUAGCUUUACAUAUUGAAUAUUUAAACAUCUACCUCAACAAACUUAGCAAUGAUGGUGUUCAGUAGCUUGGUUCAGCCUGACUAGCCCACUCGAUUACUUGGUUUUAAGUAGCAAGUUUUCUCUAUUACUCCUGUCUGUCCAGCUAAAUCACAGUGGUUUCCUAAUAUGUCACACUGAGCUACAGAGCUAUACGUUUACACGGUUGGCUUAUGUCAGAGCUAAUAGUUCUUUAUAUAAUCUCCAUGCAUUACAGAAAAAGUGUGUGCUCUUAUGCUGGAUAUAUAAUUUAUGACACCAGUUAGAUAAAAAAUAUUUCACUCAAAAUGUGGUGUGGAUUACCUUAUAGAGACUGACUUUACGUGAACAAUAGUCUAAAUAAUUCCCUUGAGCACUAACCAACCAUUUUUUAUAUUUUAUACGAGUCAAAACAAUGUCGCAAUGAACGUUAAAAAUGUUUGCUUUGCAUCCAAAUAAAAGUCCUUCCUCAAGUGGCAUGAAAACCAACCACUCAUCUUUCAUGCAGCUAACUACACACAUUUCCAAUAACUGACCUUGUCAGUACUUAGAAAUAGACUUCUUAUUUUAAUUAGAGUCCCAAACUGAAUUAAAAAUAAACACUGGCUAGAGAAAAUGCUUGUCUCAACAUGUACAAGAUGCUAGUUCAGUCUCCAGCAUUUAAAAAAGAAAGAAAAGCCAUCCACAAUGAAACUGGAACCGAACUUAAUACUAAAAAUCUGCUUUUAUAGAAAAUACAGAGAAUUUCUGUAAAGUGAGCUUUAUAGGAAUUUAAGUAUAAUCUGUCAACUCAGUAAUUCCAGGUUCCCAAGUAUUAAGAAUUUGAACCUUAGGAAGUCUUUACAAAUUAGAAACUGGCCCUUAAUGUCAACAGGUCAUUCAUUACCU